AGGCAGAAACCAGGUCUUCCUUCCCGAGUCGUACACAAUCGCGACUUUCAUCGUCGACGGCUGCAGCACCACCAUCCCCGCGCCCAAAAGGAAGUUGUUCGAUGCCCACGAGCUGUUCUCCACAGGCGCCGAGGACCACGUCGACAUCGGGGGCGCCCGCCGCGUCAAGUGGCUGCGCAAUAGUUCGGCAGGAGAGGCCCGGGGUCGAGAGGUGGAGGUAGAUCCGUGGCUGUGAGACCGAGCACUUGUACUUGCAGAGGUCUGUGUCUCCGUUUCCUCACGAAGAGAUUCGGUGCCACCACCACUACGAUCCGACUUGGUGCCACCUGUGAUGUUGCUGCCGCGCCGGGGAUCGAUGCGGGCACUGGAGCUUGGAGAAGAUCCCAUCAUUUUUCGUUACUGGUCCGGGGAAUAGUCGAGGGGAGGAUCUUGCGAGAUCCCUGAUGGUGGGAAGAGCAUUCAAGCACUCACCCAGCGUGAUUGGGCUCGUGACGUCACUCACCUUCAGUGGCACGUGGUUGUGCCCAUCGGGAACAGGGGCUCAUUCAAGACUGUAGCAGUAUCGGGCCGUGUGCUUUUUGCGAGGGUCCGAUUUCCUAACUGCACGGGUGUCGUAGUCCAAGUAUAUCUCGACCCCCUGCUUCUCAAUGCGCCACGAAAUCCACCCCCAACUUCCCUCUCCCCCUCCCUGCGAUACCCACGCGACACCUCCCACAGCACAUCGCCAGGAUGUCGCUGUGGGUUCAAACAGAUGCCUCGAGCUGGCUGGACACACAGGGAUCUACCGCCAUAGAGCAAAAGCAAAUGAAGGUACUGUCUCUCGGGCGCGUUGCUUCCGUCGACGAACAUAACCUCAGCCACUCGCUCGACGUGGAAAUCUGGACAGCCGCUCUCAAUUCCCGUUUCUUUGCCAACGGCAUAAAGAUGGAGGCAGACGAAUGGCAUGCUCUGCUGGGAUCGUACGAGGUGUGGAACCUGAGGGCCGAUUACCCUGGUCACACCUACGAACUGAUUGCUGUUGCGCAGAUCGCGAUGUCCCGCGGGCAGAUGCUCUCGCAAGAGCUCGCGCAGACUGCUGCGAGCCCGCCCCCGACGCCAAGUAAACUCUCGAACGCGAAGCGUCCCACGCUUAUAACCAAACUCGGGCGGAACAAACCCUUUGUGAUAUCCUCAUGCCUCGACCCGCGCUUCCUCGAUCGACUGCGCCCGUUCUUCAAAGUAGUCUGGAUGACUUUCUUCGGCGACUUCCCGAGCACCGAGCUCGCCCAGAAGCGGUUCGACUUCGACCAGGCCCAGGCCCGGACGCUCAUGGUCGAGUAUAAGGCGGGCGAAGGCUGGGAGCGAGUCUGUCUCCUGCUCCACCGGGAGCCCGAUUCGGACUCGGAUUCGGAGCUGGCAUCCUCGUCGGACGAAGACGAUUCAGACUUGGACUCGGAUGGAGCAGGGAACAGGGCGUUCUCCGGGGACGUUCACGCGUUCAGACGGAGGAUGCACAAGCUCACGUAUGGACUGUUUCAAGGGCUCGGUGGUACGGUCGUGAUGCAGACAGCGUUGGUCGGGUCGAUGGGCGUUUCCUUGUCAUUCGCACACAGAGCAUCUCCAGUACCCAACUGA